AUGAAGCUUGCGACGCUUUUCUUUACGCUUGCUCCGGCAGCCCUCGCUCUGCCCGCAUCUAAAGAGUCUCCAUCAAGGCGUCAAAGCGAUCUUGUAGCCAUUACAGAUCAGCUUCUCUUCAACACAACGCUUCCUGACUUCAUCACCCACCGUAAUGCCCAGAACCCUUCAACUCUUGACUGGACAUCAGACGGCUGCACCGAUUCGCCCGAUAACCCUUUUGGAUUCCCGUAUGUACCGGCUUGCAACCGCCACGACUUUGGGUACCAGAAUUACCGCCUCCAAAGCCGCUUUACAGAUUCAGGCAAGCUCAAUAUUGACAACAACUUCAAAUCGGACCUCUACUACCAAUGUCAGUCAGUGAGCGCGCAGUCUGCUUGCGAGGAUCUUGCGGAUGUUUAUUACGCGGCGGUUAGGGCAUUUGGAGGUGGUGACUCGUCACCAGGUAAACGAGACGAGUCGCAUGAGGAUUUGGUCAAGGAAUAUGAAGCCAGGCUGGAGAUCUAUCAUCAAGCUGUGAAGGAGGCUCAAGAGAAGGGCCUUUUACCCAUACUGAAUCAAUAA